AGUUAACUAACCCUGCGAAGAAACGCGAAAAACCACCAAGACCACAAAAUAGUUGGAUUAUUUUUCAAAAAGAUUAUGAGGCUAAUUUACGUCUAUUUGAUCCUAAUGUCAAACACAAUAUUAAACAUACAGCAAAGAAAUGCUGCAGUUUGAAAUGGAAACACCAUCAAGAGCUUCUUUCAAAAUAUUGGAGAAAAUGGCUUGUAAAAAAUCAUGUGACCUAA